AUGGAGUCUCAGGCUAGUGUCCAGCAUUUCAGUAAUGAGUUGAGCCAUAUAGAUCCAGACACUGUACAGAGCAUUGCGUCCGGUGGGGUUAGGGUUGACAUUGUGAGUUACCAGGAGCGCGUCGCUGUCAAGUGCUUCACAUGCGCUCACCGCAUUUGGGUUAAGAGCAAAAAGUCCCCCAGCCUCAUAACGCUCGCGUGGCGCAAGAGCGACCGCGGUACGCUGAUGGGCUACCUGGUCAGUGCCGGAGUUCCAAAGGCCAAGCAGUGCAAGCAGGUUGUGUGCUUGAGUUGCGUCCAUAACUUGCUUGGCGUGGUGGCAGAGAGCGCAGAUGGGUUGUCGGUGACGUUGAGCGGCAGGAAGGAUGGUGGGCAAGACACGCCCAUCUUGCGGCGGCAGAGGGAGGAAGGGCCUUGGAGCCAAAGCUUCGAGCUCACGGACGACGUGCUGAGCUUCCUCUGUCAACAGAAUGCAACGACGGGGUUGGGACAGAGGCCAGUGGCCACGGCGGCGUCCCAAACUGGGGAGCGGGGCAUGGCCAAGGGGGUGCGGCCCAGGGUGAAGGGCGCCUCAGAGGAGACGAGCAGUGAGAGGGCAACGAUGGGCAUCAAGGAGCAGGCGGUGCGCUACCUCGAAAUGAUGGCGGCUCCCAAGGGGUCGGUUCGCGUCUUCCUGCCGACAGGGUCGGCGUCCCCUCCGCUUGGGCUGUACAUGUCGGCAUGGGAUCACAAUGGAGAAGGCCGGGCGAAAAAAGUGGGAAAGCCGGACAAGACGCAUGCUCUGCCGGAUACAGUCUGGUGGGACACGCGCGGCGAACUCUGCUGUACGUGCGACCGGGGCCGGCUGACGGAGGACGCGCCGUGCGUGCACAAGCUGGCUUUGGCGGCCAUCAGCGAAAGCUGGGCCUCAACAGCGGAGCUGCCCACCCACGAGUCGCUUGGCAAAGGGGCGAGGGUAGAGCGGGUUGGAGCAGACGGGACGGGGAGCUAUUUUGCGGUAGCGGACAACGUUCAGGGGCCGCCGGGCCCUCGAAAGCGCAUGGUAUUCCGCAGCAGCAAGGGGGUGUGGUAUUGCGAAGGAAAGCGCGACGGGUGCCCAUCUCUUGUCGAUUGCUCACAUCUGAGUGCGGCAAAAGCGGCUUUGAGGAAUGAGGGGGACCUUUCCAUUGCCGACCAAGUGGUCAUGAGCCUUUCGGAGCCGCUCUCUAGGGCUGCCCUGAGCUGGCUCAAGGCGUGGAACGGAGAGUUGCCAACAAUCGGAGGGGGGGUGGUGCCCAGCGUGGGGGCACCCUCGCCUCCAACUCUAGCCGAUGAAGAGCGGUACCUCAUCGAGCUGCUAGAACAGCGGCCCCACGAGCGGGCAGCGUGUGCCGGCGACACGUGCUUCUGUCGUCAGCAUGAUCAACUGUUUGGUGAGGCCGCUGCACCCAUCUCGGAGGGCGAUCAGGGCUCAGAGAAGGAGCCGGUUGCCGGAGAGGCACCUCCGAGUCGCAAACGGGCAAGGCGGAACAAGGCUUUUUGGGAGGCGCACAAGCAAGGCCCGCAGCCGGCGACGAGACGAGGGUGGGACGCGCAGCCACCAACGGAAGCAAGGGGGAGGGAGGCAAUCCGGGGUUGGGUUGAUGCGUGCACGAGCUGCUCGUUGGCUGCUCUAGCGGUCGCGGGAGGCCGAUGCAAGCACAGAGAGGCCUCAAGGGUUCGCGCCCCCGUCAUGCUUUUGAGCACGGAGGCGGUCCAGGUCUCAAAGCCCAAGCUAGCUCGCCCAAGCGAUGCGCAUGCCGUUCACGACCCCCUAGUAACCUCGCUCAGAAGCCCCGUCCCCGUGAGCGAGCUUUGCAAGUGCCACUUUCGGGAGCUUUCAGAGAAAGGGCUACUUAGCGCGCCCUGCCCAUUGGACCCUCCCGCAUGCGGCGGCUCGUGGGUCGAGAUGUGGGUCCAGGCAGAGGUGACGGCCUCCCAGUGGAGUCAGCAAGUGCGGGUGCGGAUAUUCCACUGCCAGUGCCUCGACGAAGCGCACACGAUCCACUUUGACGGGGAGCACCUGGGGCUGUACGCGUGGAACCGGCGGACCCUGUUCGUGCAACAGAGCUUGCAGCUGCUUCUUCGAGGGAUGCAGCACGGGCACAGCUUCAAGGCGGAGCUCGCAACCCAUCAGACGGCCUUCCAGUGGUCGCCGGAUGCUGCCGUCUUGAGCGAGGAGACAUGGCGCCGUGCAAGCCUCGACUUCUUCAAGCUUGUCGGGCUGGGCCUUCGGGAUUGCUGCUCUCUGUGCGGGCCCCAUCCAAAGGUGCUCAUCUGCGACGGCAUUGUCGGCCUUGCGAGCGCGAACGGCGCGCAAAAGCCAGGCGGGCUUGGGAGCUCCUCGCUCGACGCGCGACGCACGUUCUGCCACCCUAGCCGUACCUCCAUGGGGGCGCUCCUUGAGAAGCGGCCCAUCUCCGGUCGCGACUAUUGCGGAUCCGGUCUUCAGGGGGGCGGGUUGAAGCGCAAGCUUCUGCUCCAACCGGAGUUGCGCGAGGCGCUCGCGCGCCUGUCCCAACAUCGGCCCAAGGACGAGAGGCUUGGGAGGAGGCUGUCAAAGGUGGAGUAUGAAGCGCUCUUGAACGGGCUUGCUCACGAGGACCCCCAGAUCGUGAAGCGUUUCGGGCCGGAUGAGGCGGAGGGGCCGCUUCCAGAGGACGGCAGACGGCGCAUGCUUGCCGAGCAGCGCACGAUGGUGCGAGAUCAAAA